UCUAACCCAUUUAUAACUGUGGCGGGUCAUGGCUUUUAAUAGGGCUACAAUGCCUCCAAACCUACCUCUCUCUCAGUUCUCCAUUGAAGCGCGCUCAACGUUCUCCGUUGAAUCCCAUUGAAGCAGCUUCUGAGGUGGGUAUUUUGAUUGUUUAUCGCAAUGAGAAUUGAAAAGUGCUGGUUCUGUUCUUCCCAGAUAUACCCCGGCCAUGGAAUUCAGUUUGUUCGUAAUGAUGCUAAGAUUUUUAGAUUUUGUAGAUCCAAAUGUCACAAAAACUUUAAAAUGAAGAGGAAUCCUCGCAAGGUUCAGUGGACCAAAGCUUACCGAAGAUUGCAUGGAAAGGAUAUGACACAGGACUCUACUUUUGAGUUUGAGAGGAAGCGUAAUAGGCCAGAAAGAUACGACAGGACUCUUGCUGAGAAUACAUUGAAGGCAAUUAAAACUAUUGACAAGGUCAGAACAUCGAGAUCUGAGAGUCAUAUCAAGAAGAGGAUGAAGGGAAACCCACGCAGAGAGCAGGACAGAGCACGGAAAGAACUGGAACAGGACAUCCUCCUGGUCAGCAAUACCAUGACUCUAAAAGAAGACCCUUCUCUUGUUUUACCAAAGAUCAAAGUCCCCAAGACUUCAAAUCAACAAGAAAAUCUUGCAAUGGAAGAGUAAUUUGUCUGUGGCUGGGUAUAGAAGCAAUUUACAACUUGUGGUUCAUUUUUGUAGUAGCCUUUAGCUGAACCUGUAAUGCUCUGAAUACUGUGAAUUUGUUGAUCUUCAGCUUUUGCUGACACACUGGUCGUACUUCAAAGAGUGAUUUUCUUUUUGUUUCAUUUUUAUAUUAAUAUUGUAUUUAACCUUUGUUGAUUUAUGUUCUGAUGAAUUUUACUCUAAACUCUCAUAAAUAUCGAUACCAGACUGAGCUUUAA